CCUAAUUCGCUCCAUUUCUUCUGUUCUUCAUACAUACCGAUUCUCUCUUUGGGUAGCAUGGCUCCUCCUAGUGUUCAGCGUCAACCACCGUCUCGUCAUCGACGACGUCAAUUAUCACCGCUGUUUUUCAACCCUAAUAAUCUACAACCAUCUUCUCCAGUACUUGUUGUUCCUUCAGAAGUUCGUUCACCUCAACCACCGUUUGUUCCACUGCUAUCACCACAAGAAUUGAGAAACACCAUUCUUAACCAAAUUGAAUACUACUUCAGUGAUGAUAAUCUUGCUAGAGAUGUUUAUCUAAAACAGUAUAUGGACGACAACGGUUGGGUUCCGAUUACUUUUAUCGCUAGUUUUCCACGGAUUGUUGGGCUGACAAAAGAUAUUGGACUUAUUCUGUUCACGUUGAUUUCGUCUUCACAAACUGUGGAAGUUGAGGGAAAGAAAGUGAGGCGACGCUCUAGUUGGAACAAAUGGAUACUUGACGCCACCAUGCGAAUGCAGCAGCAAUGGGCUGACGAUACCUGUUAGGGAUACUGAUACGGCCUCUCGUUGCCGGAUCCAAGCCCAAGCCCAAGCCCAAGCAUAUUACUGUUAGAAUUGUAGAAAUAGACUUAUAGUUGAGUUACUAUUGUCUACUAAAUAAAAGUAUAAAAGUCUGAGGUAUAAGAUAAAAUUAAUGCUAAUGAUAAUAAAAAUAUUGGAGGUGCGGGAAUCAAACCCCGUGCCUCUCGCAUGCGAAGCAAGCGCUCUACCAUAUGAGCUACACCC